CGCCGACUCCUCGACUGCCCACCUCGAUUCUCGUCUGCACCCACGACAGCCCGCCCCGCAAUGUCUCGACGGCCCAACCCUGCCGCUGAUCGGGCAGAGCAGAACCGCGCCACGCUGAAGAACCUGGUCAAGCUCGAAGGCAACAAGACAUGCUCAGACUGCAAGCGGAACAAGCACCCUCGAUGGGCCAGCUGGAAUCUCGGCGUCUUCAUAUGCAUUCGGUGUUCGGGCAUACACCGUGGCAUGGGAACACAUAUCAGCAGAGUCAAGUCGGUCGACCUCGACACCUGGACCGACGAGCAACUGCAGAGCGUCUUGAAAUGGGGCAAUGCGCGCGCCAACAAGUACUGGGAGUCGAAGCUGGCUCCGGGCCACGUUCCGUCCGAGGCCAAGAUUGAGAACUUUAUCCGAACAAAGUACGAGUCGAAGCGCUGGGUCAUGGACGGGCCCAUGCCCGACCCCUCGACGCUGGACUCUGAUGACGAUGACGUGCCACUGAAAAAGGUGCAAGAAAAGGUCCAGAUAGAACGCUCAGCCUCACAACGCCUGGCGCAGAACUCAGGCCGUGCCGCGCCUCCCGAACGACAGGCACAGCCGCAGCCCGCAAUCGACUUGUUUGGCGACGACCCAGUCCCUCAGCGACCGAGCACCGGGCCGCCGGCAAACGCGAGAGGGCCUCCCAAGGCAGAGACGGCUCCCGUGAAACAACACAAGGCAGGCGAUUCAUUGCUAGGUCUGGACUUUCUCGGUGGAGGACCCUCUGCUGCCCCUGCUCGCCCGUCCAGCACAGGUCCUGCUGCUGCGGCGCCUUCAAGACCAGACCUCAAGCAAUCCAUCUUGUCGCUGUAUGCCGCAAAGCCCGCAGCCCCGCCUCAGCCUCAGCAGCAUGCUCGUCAAGAUUCGUUUGGUGGAAUGGUAUCACCCCAAGGGCAAACCUCGCCACAACAGUCGACUUUUGGUGGUUUGAACGACGCAUUCAGCAGCCUGUCUUUCAACGCGGCUCCAGCCCCCAAGCCCUCGCCCUUUGCUGGCCUUGAAAGCCUUUCGGGCAAAAAAUCACCCCCCGCGACGUCUUCGUCAAACAUGUUUGGCGGCGGAGGCAACUUUUUCGAUUCAAAGCCUGCCGCACAGAGCCAAUCGCAAAGUCGUACCAUGAGUCCUGCAGGAGGAGCCAGUAACUUCAGCGCCUUCUCAUCGCCCGCACCAGCUAAGCCUGCAGCUCCAGCAACCUCUGGCAUGAACGAUCUCCUGGACCUAUCGAUGCCUUCGGAACCUGCCCCCACAUCAAGAAUUCAAUCUCCGCCAUUGGCAUCCACCAACUCGGCCUUUAACCUUUCUUCGCCCGCACCUGCUCCUGCCUCCAAGUCUACACCCGCCCCGGCAGCGGUAAACUACUCGGGAUUCUCCAACAUGGAUGCCUGGGGUGGCAACGACGUCUGGGCUUCGUCUGCACCCAGUCAACCUGCAGCCACAACAACCACAGCAACCGCUCCCGCACCGACGUCCAGCUGGGGUGCACCUCACGUGACACAAGACGAUGAUUUUGGGGGCUGGAGCAGUGCUGCACCUGCAGCCACGACUACUACCAACACGAGCACUGCCCAUGGUAAACCGCCGGGGGGAUUCGGUGGGGCUAGCGAUGAUUUAUUUUCCAAUGUUUGGGAGUAGUAUAAUGGAUGAGAUGGAGUUGAAUGUUAGUGUUAUGGCUACGAUUUGAAGAUGAAGUCAAGCUCGGGGGCGUGGUAUCCACAAUCAGCUAUAGACCGCUUUUGAAACUUGUAUAUCAAUAUAAAACACAAAAAUCGAAAC